UCGCUCAGAAACUACUCUUCUCCAAAUAGCUCUACUCGUACUGCCUCCUCUAACAGUUUUGUCAUGGUCUCUUCUAGCAUCAGGUCGUCGAAUGGCUGCAUUUCAAAUAGUUUGGAUGCCGAAGUAUUCGGAGUUGUUAGUGACUUGAUGCUCGGCGCUAAGAAGGGCGCUGUUCGCUGA